AUGGCCUCCUGCCUGGUUCCCGAGUUCCCCGCCGUCGUGGCGGCACUGGAGCGUCUGAAGGACCUGGAGAGGGAGCUUAGAGAGGACGAAAUCCUGUUCUCAGACGAAGGAUGCGUCCACCUCACGGCCAUUGCAGAAGCUGUAGCCGAGUUAGAGGCCACAAGGCGUGCUGUCCGUGAGCAGUUGGAAGUGGAGACCAUAGAAAACUGCAAGCUUAGACAGAGAAUUCUAAAGAUGACUGAUCGUUUGAAGGUUGACAUCGUGAGAGACAAGACAGCAGCCCGGGCUACUAACGUCGAGGAGAUAGAUCAGUUCCACAGAGAGCUCAGACUAUCCUUUCAGUUCCUACAGGAGAAAGAGAAUAAGUUGCAGGAGCUGUUAGAAAAACACAAAAUGCUUCAGAGGCAGAAAGAUCGAGUGAAGGCUGAACACGAUGAGCAGAUCCUCUCUCUGAAUGUUCUGAUCAGCCUCAGAUACAGCAGGCAGCAGCAUCUGGACGACACGCUGGAGCAAACGGAGGAGUUGAGAAACUCCAUCACUGAUGUUGAGCAGCAGAAAUUGUCCUUCCAGCAAAGUGCGGCUUUGGAAAGGGAGGGAUUCUCUGAGAAAGAAAAGGACCUGGAACAAGAGCUAGCCGAGAGGAUGGGACGGGUUAAGCAUCAGAGGGAGGUGGUUGAGACGAUCGGAUUGGAAUUAGAGAAUCUUAAAGACAAGAAAAGGGAAAUUGAAAGCAAACUAAAAAAGCUCCUCCAGGAGAUGACUGAAGUGCAGGACAAUGUGCAAAGUUUGAAGACGUCCUUCUCUAGUUGUGAGCAACAACUACAGGAAGAAGCGGUGCUGACCAAAGAGCUGAAUGUACAGAUAGAGAAGAAGAAGAGGCACAGCGAAACGCUGGAGGAGACCUUCAACCUCACCCACGAAAAUCUGCAAAAGGAAAUCAGUGAAGUGGAUGACGACCUAGAGAAGGCUCUGGCUGCCCAGGUGUCCCUCAAAGAAUCACUGGCCUACUAUUCUAAAUUGUGCAAGCAAAAGCUUGAAGUGGAGAAUGAGGUCCGAGCCGACUUUGAGCACAUCUCCAUGGAUAUGGAGAGCUCCCGGCUGCGGCUGGAGGAGCGCAUUGCCUCCAUUGUCAGGCACAACAAGGAUAUCUUGGAGCUUGAGAAGAUGAUCCUUGAGCUACAGGAGGACGAGCAGAUCAACAGGCGGAUUGUUGAGUCCAAAAGGAAAGAGUUGCUCGCCGAUCUGAAGGAGGUGAAUUCCAAAAUCGAGCUGUUGGAAGAGGAAGUCAAGCGGCUCAAGAAGCUCCUGAUGGCUGCAAAGAGGAGGCAGCAGGAUUACGUGGAGAAAAUAAUGUCCGGUAUACGCAGCUACAGGAAGAGGUAUGAGGCGCUGUUGCAGGAGCGGGCUGCGCUGCUUGAGCGGUACCCUGACAGCGAAGAUUUUGACUUGGUGGUCUAUCAGAUGGCUCUACUGGAGAAGGAGAACAGAGAGACACAGAGCCUCCGCCAGCAGGAGGUGGCUCGGAUCAUUGCGGAGACGGAGGAGACCAGUAGGAGCACCAGUGAGAAGCAGACGGAGCUGGAGGAGCGAUUGACGAUGCUGAAAGAGGUGGAGAAAAAGUGGAGAGAUGAGAGAUUGAGGAACGACAAGCUGCGCAAGCAGAAAGACGCGCUGACCCAGACGAAGUCCGAGCUGGAGCGGUCCAUCCGGGACAUGAAGGAGCGCAUCACAAAGCUGCUGGCACCCAAAGAGGAGAUGGAGGCCAAGCUGGAGGAGCUGCAGGAGUCUCACAGCAACAUGCUGAACGAACAGACCUCUGCCCUGAGAGAAAUGGAGGUGGAAAUGUAUGGGCUGAAUCUGAUGCUGGGGGAGAUCAGAAUAGAGAACAAACGGCUGUACCUGUCCACCAGACAGAUGACGGAGGACAUCAGCACCAGCAGGCAGGAGAAAGAGUGGUACCAGCAAAAGGUCCAGGACUUCAGCAGCAUAACAGAGGCCCUUCUCAAAGAGAUACUGGAAGGAUUCAGACAAGACAACUCUGUGAUUAAAGGCAUCAAGAAGAGUGACGACGAACUGCUGUCGUUUAUGGGUUCAGGGUUGAAAGAGCUGAAGACCAGGAACCAGCAGCUGAUGAGCAUCAACACGCUGCUGCACCAAGUGAUGCUGGAGUUUAGCAAACGACUGGGAGACAAAGCAAUAGAGCGAUGGCAGAACUAA